UCCCAGAGUGAACUGACCUGGACACGCAGCAUGCACAACAGCAGUAGUGAAGCUCUGCAUACAACUGGAACGUGUAACGAGACAGCAUCCUCACAGCCACCCAGCUCAGAGUUCUCGCUGGCUGUGCUGGUGCUCCUGGCUGUCCUGAUGGUGCUGCUCACUCUGAUCACAAUCCUUGGAAACGCCUUGGUGAUCCUUGCUUUCAUAGUGGACCGCAACCUCCGGCAUCGGAGUAAUUACUUCUUUCUCAAUCUUGCUAUUUCUGACUUUGCAGUGGGUGCAUUCUGCAUGCCUCUGUACAUCCCUUACAGCCUAACAGGGGAAUGGCAAUUGGGAAGAGGCAUCUGCAAGUUCUGGUUACUUAUGGACUACCUUCUGUGCACAGCUUCAGUAUUUAACAUUGUUCUUAUCAGCUAUGACCGUUUCCUGUCUGUUACUAAAGCUGUAUCUUACAGAGCCCAGCAGGGAGUGGCCUCCAGCCCUGUGGUCAAGAUGGUAGCCAUCUGGGUCUUGGCCUUCCUCCUCUACUGCCCAGCAAUUCUCUUCUGGGAGCACGUGGCCGGCUGCAGCGUGGUUGCAGAGUGGCAAUGCUAUGCCGAGUUCUUCGACAACUGGUACUUCCUCCUGUGCGCCUCCACCUUGGAGUUCUUUGUGCCGCUCGUCUCCGUGACCUAUUUCAAUGCACACAUCUUCUGGAGCAUCCAGAAGCGCCAGAGACGUGGCAGCGUGCAGGAGGAUGAACCUCCAAAGAGCGGCAGCUUGUCUUGGAGAUCUUGCCUGUUGCCGAGUCAAGGAGUGUCUUCUUCAGAAGCAGAGGACAGCACUUCUUCCUCUACGAGGCCAAAGAAAGAGUCUUUGGUAACUGAAAGCUCCUAUCUGUCCAGAGGCAAUUCUGUAACCCCAGAGACUGAUCUCUCUGCUUCUUUCCGUGCAAAGACCAGGUCAAAACUGCAACGGGACAAGAAAAUUGCAAAGUCGCUUGCCAUAAUUGUGUGUGUCUUUGCCAUUUGCUGGGCCCCAUAUACAUUACUGAUGAUUAUUCGUGGAGCCUGCAAAGGAACAUGUGUCCAUAACUCCUUGUAUGAAAUUACCUUUUGGCUUUUGUGGCUCAAUUCAUCUUUGAACCCAUUUCUCUACCCUCUCUGUCAUGUUAAGUUUCGAAUGGCUUUCAUGAAAAUAUUAUGUCCCAAAAAGUUUGCAACAUUGAGGUUAAGUGCUUUUCUAGAAGGAAAAGCCCUUAGAGAGUUUUAG